AUGUCGGCGGCUACUUCCUCCUUCUCCCCAGCCCUCUCUGCUCUACAAUUGUCGUCAGCAUCCAAAACCCACGAGGCUCCGUCCAGCCUAGGGUUUUCUUCAGUGGUGUCGAAGACUCUAAACCCUCUCAUAGCCAAAGCUACACGCGGUGUUAACAGUGUCUCCGGCGGCGGCUCGGCUCUCGGAGCUCGUAUGGUGUCAAUGCCGACUGUUAAGCCCCCGGCAUCUCUCGAUUUCGAGACCUCUGUUUUCAAGAAGGAGAAGAUCAAUCUCGCUGGUCACGACGAGUUUAUUGUGAGAGGAGGGCGAGAUCUGUUCCAUUUGUUGCCCGAUGCUUUCAAGGGUAUUAAACAGAUUGGUGUUAUCGGUUGGGGUUCUCAGGGACCUGCUCAAGCUCAGAAUUUAAGAGAUUCUCUAGCUGAAGCAAAGUCUGAUAUUGUGGUCAAGAUUGGGCUCAGGAAGGGUUCCCGUUCUUUUGCUGAAGCUCGUGCAUCUGGUUUCUCCGAGGAGAAUGGGACAUUGGGUGAUAUAUGGGAAACAGUCUCGGGCAGUGAUCUCGUUUUGCUACUCAUUUCUGAUUCUGCUCAGGCUGAUAAUUAUGAGAAAGUAUUUUCACACAUGAAGCCCAAUAGUAUACUGGGCCUUUCCCAUGGUUUCCUUUUAGGGCAUUUGCAGUCAGUGGGUCUUGACUUCCCCAAGAACAUCAGUGUAAUUGCUGUAUGUCCAAAGGGGAUGGGUCCAUCUGUAAGGCGACUUUAUGUCCAAGGAAAAGAGAUAAAUGGUGCGGGAAUUAAUUCCAGUUUUGCAGUCCACCAGGAUGUUGAUGGCAGAGCCACAGAUGUGGCCCUUGGCUGGUCGGUUGCCCUUGGUUCUCCUUUCACAUUUGCUACUACGCUAGAGCAGGAAUACAAAAGUGACAUCUUUGGCGAGCGAGGCAUUUUACUUGGUGCUGUUCAUGGAAUUGUGGAGUCCCUGUUUAGAAGAUACACUGAAAAUGGAAUGAGUGAAGAUUUGGCUUAUAAAAACACUGUAGAAUGCGUAACUGGAAUUGUGUCAAGGACCAUCUCAACUAAGGGCAUGCUGGAGAUAUACAACUCUUUGUCUGAAGAUGGCAAAAAGGAAUUUGAGACUGCAUAUAGUGCCUCAUACUAUCCUUGCAUGGACAUCUUGUAUGAAUGCUAUGAAGAUGUAGCCAGCGGUAGUGAGAUCCGUAGUGUUGUCUUGGCCGGGCGUCGCUUUUAUGAGAAGGAUGGUCUGCCUGCAUUCCCAAUGGGUAAAAUUGAUCAGACCCGCAUGUGGAAAGUUGGGGAGCGUGUCCGAGCAACACGGCCAGCUGGUGACCUAGGCCCAUUAUACCCUUUCACUGCUGGUGUUUUUGUUGCCUUAAUGAUGGCUCAGAUCGAAGUCUUGAGGAAGAAGGGUCAUUCAUAUUCAGAGAUCAUUAACGAAAGCGUUAUUGAGUCUGUGGAUUCUUUGAAUCCUUUUAUGCAUGCUCGGGGAGUUGCCUUCAUGGUUGACAAUUGUUCAACAACAGCUCGGUUGGGAUCUAGGAAAUGGGCUCCAAGAUUUGAUUACAUUCUUACUCAGCAGGCCUUGGUUUCUGUGGAUAAUGGUGCACCCAUCAACCAAGACCUCAUCAGCAACUUCAUGUCAGAUCCAGUACAUGGAGCCAUUAAAGUAUGCGCCGAACUGAGACCUACAGUUGAUAUUUCAGUGCCUGCUGAUGCAGACUUUGUGCGACCAGAGUUGCGUCAAUCUAGCAAUUAG